AUGAAAGAUGAUGAUUGCUCUCUAAGUGUGUGUUUAUGGAAAGAGAGGAAGAAGAUGGAAGCCUGGGUGGCUUUAGCAUAUUUCCAGCAGCUUGACGAAAGCUUCGUCAAGCUCCUAGGCGAUUUGACAGAAGAGAAAAUGGGAAGCAAUUGUAGAACAAGGCUUGAAAUCGAAGGGUUCCAGAGAUGA